AUGGCCCCACACUGGAAGGGGCCUUACAUUAUUGAGCGGAGACAGGACCGUGACGACGUGGUUGGGGUUACAUAUGUGAUUGGAAGUCCAUUUGGGGAAGAAGCCCCCAAACAGACAAUUCACUAUGAUCGACUACGUCCCUAUUGUUUGCCGAGUCCUGUUCCUUUGGCUGGCCCACCGAGAAGUGCCGCUCUAAGUACACAGGGCCCUGUGACCUACGAUGCACUCUCCUCACACGGUGAGCCUUCUGUGUCCACCCCUUCGCCAGUGAGGGAACAGGUGGACGGUGAAUUUGUACCGGAUGCGGCCCCUAUUGGUCGUCAGGUGCAGGUGUCGCGUUCUGGACGACACAGUAAGGCGCCUGGACGUUAUGCUGACUAUGUUAUGGGUUAA